UUGUUUCCAAGGCGCCUGCGCAGAAACGUCCCUGUUGCCUCUUCCGACACGACACUUACAAGGGGCUGCAUGUGUUAUUUCGGGGAUUAACAACUGUAAAUGUAAAAACAAUUAAAUAACAACUACAGGUCUUAAAACAUGAGCACGCUAUGGAUGGGAAACUUGGAGCCCUACAUGGACGAAAACUUCAUAACCCGAGCCUUCGGCACUAUGGGGGAGUUGGUGGUGAGUGUACGGAUUAUACGCAACAAGAUGACCGGUAGGGGUGCAGCAGGCUACUGCUUCGUGGAGCUGACGGAUGAAGCCACAGCUGAGAGGUGUCUUCGUAAAGUCAAUGGAAAAGCACUGCCAGGAGCCACACCGCCCAGAAGAUUUAAAUUAAACCGGGCCACUUUUGGGAAGCAAGGAGAAAGCAGUCCACUCCAUUCCCUGUUUGUUGGGGAUCUCACACCUGAAGUGGAUGACGGGAUGCUCUACGAGUUCUUCUACAACCGCUACCCUUCCUGUCGUGGGGGGAAGGUGGUGCUGGAUGGCACGGGGAACUCCAAGGGUUGUGGGUUUGUCCAGUUCCCAGACCAGAGGCUUCAAAAGCUGGCCCUGGAGGAGUGUCAGGGAGCGGUGGGGCUCGGGAGCAAGCCCCUACGACUGAGCCUAGCUGCUAACAAAACUAGGCAUAAUCAAUCAGACAACAGGGGGUGGGGGUCACAUGGAGGAGGCUACAGACACAACCAGCAACAGUACAAUCAACAGUCAUAUGGUGGUGGAUGGGGCUCUUGGGGCUACGACCAGAAUGGAGGCAACUAUGGCGGCUACAACUACAACCAGUAUGAUUACACACAGAAUCCUGCACAGGAAAAUGAAGCUGUUGAAGAGGAUGGUCUGGAAGAUCCUAACCCAGAGCUGGAUGUGUUGGAAGCCAACAGGAUAUUUAUGGAACACAGUGAGGAACUGUAUGAUGCCCUUAUCCAGUGCCACUGGCAACCCUUGGAAUCCUCAGAACAAGCAUUUGGAACCACGAGUAGCCUUCCAGAACCUGUCUACUGUUGAGGCAUACAAUGGAAUGGCAAUAUCCUCUUUUGCCAUGUUCUCUGGUCUUUCAUAUUAUAUUCUGUAAAUGUUUGAUCAUGGAAAGGUUAAAGACAUAUCCCCAGUCCUUGGCCAUAACUGCCAUUUGCUUUACAAUACUUUUUUUUUUUUGGACAAAUGUUUUAUUUUGUGUAUCUUUAUAAAAGUCAUGCUGUGCCUAAGAAUAA